AAAACCGGCUUGUGAAAGGGAAAGAAAUCGGAACUCAUUGUCGUUCAUUCCUUCUUCUUCUUCUUAUGCGGAAGAAUGAGCAGUGCCGGUGGUGGAAGCUCGUCGAAACCAAGAGCUGCUUCUUCUCAACCUUCCGAAACUUCUUCAAAGCGCAAAAGAGGAGUUUUCCAAAAAGAACUGCAGCAUAUGAUGUACGGCUUUGGAGAUGAUCCCAAUCCUCUUCCUGAAAGUGUGGCGCUUAUGGAGGAUAUUAUUGUGGAAUAUGUCACGGAAUUGGUACAUAAAGCUCAGGAUAUUGGAUCACAGAGAGGGAAACUAUCAGUUGAGGAUUUCCUUUAUUUGAUUCGCAAGGAUUUGCCAAAACUUAAUCGAUGUACAGAAUUGUUAUCUAUGAAUGAAGAGCUGAAACAGGCAAGAAAGGUUUUUGAAUCAGAUGAAGAGAAACUGAGGAAGGUUUUUGAAGUGGACAACCAGUUGAAUGAUGAAUGAGAAAAAGAUCAUUGAAUUGCACCGAAUACACGAUUCCUGUUCUGACAUCUCUGGAUCAAAUUUUGGAAUUUGAGUAUGUCUUACAUUUGAAAAUAGCCAAUGUAGAUAUUUAAACAGUUGAAUUGUAACUUCCUAAUAUAUUUGUUCUCCUA